AAACCGUGUUGACUGCCGAUGGGAUGUGGUCGCAGUGGCAAUGUUCACAAACCUCUUUGCGGUGGCCACCACUCGGACCAUGGGGUGGUUCUACGUGGCCUUUAUUGAGGAGUUCAGCUUGAAUCGCCAAACCUCUUCCUGGCCAGGUUUUCUGGUCAUGUGCUGCCACCGAACUUCAGGUCUGUUGGUUGGCAUGCUCCACAAGCACAUGUCACUGUUUCUGAUUGGCCUGAUGGGCAGCUUUCUCGCAUGGGGGGGUAUGGCAGCAUCUGCGUUUGCUCCGAGCAUUUCCUGGAUGUCCUUUACCAUGGGGAUUGUGCACGGCAUUGGUGCCGGAGUUGUGAUCCAGUCGCAUACGGUGGUGGUCCUGCAGCACUUCAGCAAAUAUAGAGGCCUAGCAGCAGGUAGUAUGUUCACAGCUAAUCCCACUAGCGCCAUCUUGUUCCCGGCUGUAUUGUCGGCCCUCAAUGACGCCUACGGCUUCCGUGGAGCUGUGCUUGUCUACGGUGCUCUCAUCAUGCAUAUAUCCGCUUUAUGUCCCAUUUUGAAAGAGCCGCCCUGGAUUACCAAUGCAGGAACAAUGAGAGAAAACGGUGUACAUGAAAACCAGCGCCUGCGCAAAACAUACAUAGACUCAACUGGCUGUGACGUGAAGCUUUUGGCGAAAUCAGACGAGCCGGCUGCCGCGGCCUUUUCGAUUGAAAAGAUACUUUAUGAGGCCCGCAGACGCAGCGCCUCGAGUUUAAAAGCCGAUACAUUGGAACUUGAAGACAACGUGAACACAGUCGAAGUUGCUUCAAUAGAAUAUGACGCCCUGGGGCGACGGUGUUUUCAACAAACGGAAGAGGACAUUUCAGUCUGCCGACGCUCCACUACGUUUCGGAUACCAAAAUCGAAUCAUAGUGAUUCCUCACCGCUCACUGCACAAGACACUCAGCAGCCAAUGUUGCCACACUCUGCGAAUUCUUCCACAAGCCCUCAUGGGUGCCCUGAAAAGAUAAAUCAGCAUAAGCUUACCGAGGAGCAUUCACAAAAAACGUCCCAGAGCUACGAUACUUCCCUGGAAAACGAGGUUUCAAUCACCCGCGAACGUAGAGCUCCUAAACCAGCGGUUUCAAAGUCCAGACUUUCUACAGACUUCCGAGAACUGCUGCGUAGGAUCCUUAGGAGCGUCGUCCCGACCCGGUUUUCGACAACCAGCUUUGCUGUCGCCGUUUUAGGGUCAACGCUCGUGGACUACGUGAACACUGUGCACAUCUAUACAAUGGUGGACUACGCGUGCGACAAGGGUGUGUCUCGCACGCACGCUACUAUGUCCAUCACAUACGCCGCACCGCCGGAGAUUCUUGGGAGACUACUUGUACCUCUCAUCGCAGAUAUGGGCUGGCUGAGCAGGCCGUUCCUAGCAUGUGGAUGUGCGAUAACCGCCGGGCUGCUUUUUGCGGUCACUCCGGAGACAGUGCAAAUAGCACAUCUCGUGCUUCGGGCGCUGUCAUCAGUGACAAUGGGUGCGCUUGCCACUAUGAAGACAGUGCUGGUAGCCGACUACAUGGGGACCGACGCAGUGUGCGUCGUGUCAGGAGUGUCAGGCUCACUCCUCGUUCCCCUAAUGCUCUGCAAUCCCUUGAUAUUUGCGACGCUCUCGUUCACGGGCAAGCGGCGCUAG